AUGUAUUCAAUCAGAACCUUGGCCUCUGUGUCCCAACGUGAGCAGAGAGAGGAAGAUGGAGUGGAGGAUAUGACACAGCUAGAGGAGAUGCAUGAAGGGGCUGUUCUACUGAACAUGAGGAAAAGAUUUCAGAGGGAGCUCAUUUAUACAUACAUAGGUAGUAUUCUGGUGUCGGUGAACCCCUACAAGAUGUAUAACAUAUAUGGGACAGACAUGGUGCUACUGUAUAAGGGUCGUGCUCUGGGAGAGAACCCCCCGCAUUUGUUUGCCAUAGCAAAUGCUGCUUAUUCCAAAAUGAUGGAUGCCAAACACAACCAGGUCAUUAUUAUCAGUGGAGAGAGCGGGUCUGGGAAAACUGAGGCCACCAAACUAGUCCUUCGCUAUUUAGCAGCAAUACAACACACAUGCAAUGUUGCGCAACAGAUUGAGAUACUUGAGGCAGCUCCUCUGCUGGAAUCCUUUGGAAAUGCCAAAACUGUGCGGAAUGAUAAUUCCAGUCGCUUUGGGAAAUAUAUAGAAGUCUUUCUGGAAGAUGGUGUGAUCAGUGGUGCCAUAACCUCUCAGUAUCUGUUGGAGAAGUCUCGUAUUGUCUUCCAGGCCAAAGAUGAGAGGAACUAUCACAUCUUUUAUGAGAUGUUGGCAGGUCUUCCCUCGCAGCAGAAGCAGGCUUUCUAUCUCCAAGACGCUGAGACAUACUAUUACCUCAACCAGGGAGGGGAUUGUGGGAUAACAGGAAAAAGUGACGCAGAGGACUUCUUGCGUCUUCGUGCUGCCAUGGAGAUCCUUCACUUCACCCCUGACGACCAGGCGGACAUUUUCAGAGUUCUCUCUUCAAUACUGCACCUGGGCAAUGUCUACUUUCAAAGAUAUGAGGCAGAUGGUCAAGAGGUGGCGUCAGUGGUUAGUGCUCAGGAGAUCAGGGUGGUGGCGGAGCUGCUGCAGAUCUCACCAGAGGGACUACAGAAAUCCAUCACCUACAAAGUCACGGUUACGAUGAGGGACAAGAUCUACACCCCACUGACUGUGGAAAGUGCUGUUGAUGCCAGAGAUGCUGUUGCCAAGAUCCUGUACUCGUUGCUCUUCCACUGGUUAACAGAGAGAAUCAACGCUCAGGUUUACCCCCGCCAACACUCACUCUCCAUCUCCAUCCUGGACAUUUAUGGAUUUGAGGAUCUGACCUUCAACAGCUUUGAGCAGCUUUGCAUCAAUUAUGCAAAUGAAUACCUGCAGUUCUUCUUCAACAGGAUCGUGUUCAGAGAAGAACAGGAGGAAUACAGCAGGGAACAGAUCCCCUGGCAGGACAUCCUAUUCAGUGACAAUAAACCGUGCAUUGAUCUCAUUGCCGCCAAGCCUCAUGGGAUAUUGAGGAUUCUGGAUGACCAGAGCUCUUUCCCUCAGGCAACAGACCACACUUUUCUUCAGAAGUGUCACUAUCACCAUGUCAACAACUCGCUGUAUCAGAAGCCAAAAAUGCCCCUCCCUGAGUUCACCAUCAAGCACUUUGCUGGCCGGGUCACUUAUCAGGUUUACAAGUUCCUCGAUAAGAACUACGAUCAGGUCCGACAAGACGUACUCGAUCUGUUCAUUCAAAGCAAGAACAAGAUGGUGUCAAACCUCUUCCUGGUACACACAGAGGUCAUAGGUCAGCAGAAAGGAGGUCACGUGAGGAAGAGUAGCACAGUCACCAGAAAAUACCAAGCGCCCACUGUCAGUAGCAAGUUCCAGCAGUCACUGCUGGAGCUGGUGGAGAAGAUGGAGAGGUGCAACCCUUUUUUUGUCCGCUGUAUUAAGCCAAAUAAUAUGAAGGAACCAGGUCUGUUUGAGGAUGAACCGGUCAGUAACCAGCUGCGACACUCUGGUGUCCUCGAGACCAUUCGGAUCCGUAGAGAGGGUUAUCCUAUCCGAAUGCCAUUUUACGUCUUCCUGUUUCGGUAUAAGUCCCUGGUGGGGAUUCAACAGAUUCCUGAUGCAACUGGAGAGAACUGUGUAAUACUGCUCAGUAAACUGUGUCCCCUCAGGCUUGGAUCAUACCAUGUUGGAGUCACAAAGAUAUUUCUGAAAGAGGACAUCUACCAGCUGUUGGAGUGUAAACGAGAGCGCUCCCGUAAUCUCGCCGCGCUCACACUGCAGCGUUACGCCCGUAUGUUCUUCGUCAGAAAACGCUUCGUGGCCUUCCGCAACAAGAUCAUCAGGCUGCAGGCCCAGUGCAGAGGUUUCCUCAUGAGGAAACGUUAUGUGAAAAUGAGGGAGAGUCUGGUGCGUUUCCGCUCUCUGGUCCAUAUGUACGUCAACCGCAAGCAGUACAUCAAGAGGAAGUUUGAAGCCAAGAGGAGAGUUGAAGAGGAGAGAAGGAAGAGAGAGAUGGAGCUGACCAAAAGGGAGGUGGUGAACGUCACCCACUUGGUGAUUCCUGCAGAGCUUGGUGCUUUACUGCAGACAGCAGGAGUCAGGAGGGAGUUACACUCAGACUGCCUGGCUCUGCUUCAGGCUCCUCAUAUCCAAGAACAAACUCAGCUCACUCUGCCUCUGGACAUUAACAACUACCCCUUCUCCCGCUAUGUACAGAUUCACUUCAGGGAGCCAAAGUUUGGGAUGUUGAUGGCCCCCCUGGAGUCACCUCUGACCCGAGUGGAGGAGGACCUGAAAGCCGAGGCCCUGGAGCUCUUCAUCAUGGUAUUAAGGUUCAUGGGGGACCCUCACCUGAAUGGGGCGCAGGAAAAUAUGUUUGGGAAUUACAUCAUCCAGAGGGGCCUCUUGGCUCCAGGGUUACGUGAUGAGAUCCUUGCUCAAGUCGUCAACCAGGUUUGGAGGAAUAUUAACUAUGAUAACGCAGAGAGAGGCUGGCUGCUGCUGCUGGCGUGUGCCUGCAGCUUCUCCCCAUCACCCAAGAUGGACAAAUAUCUACUAAAGUUUGUGUCCGACCAUGGCCCUGAUGGUUUCCAGGCGUUGCUGCAGCAUAGACUCAUCCAAGCCAAUCAGAAGACACAGCUCAGCUCCGGCGCCUCUUCAGACACUGCACGGACCUACCCGCUGUCUCUGCUGGAGUGGACGGCCAAUAGGAAGAAGGCUAACAUGGCACUGCAUGUGCAUUGUCUCGACGGGGGAUCGUUCCUCUGUCCUGUCCACUCCUGGACCAGUGGAGAGGAUUUAGCAGGAGACAUCAUGCGCCACAGGGGAGUGUCUGACUGGUGGAGGGGGAGCUCAGUUCUGAUGAAGGAGCAUGGCCAGUGGGUGGAGUUAGCUGGUCACGACUAUGUGAUGGACCUGAUCGCAGACCUGGAGCUUCCUAUGAAUUUCCCAAAGCAGAAGAGUUACUUCAUCAUCAGCUCCGAUGACCCCUCUAAAGUCCGAGCUAAUGCCAGCCUUGCUCUAUUUGGCAGUGGCUUUGACUCGGAUGAGGAGCUUUCUCCUUCCUUCACUGGUAGUAGACCCGCCUACAGUCUGCCUGACUCGGACGGUUACUACAGCCAUGUGGAGUCAGAUGCGUUCAGUGACGGUCAGACUCAGAGAGGAAUGGACCGCUACCUGGACAGUCUGUUUGACCCUGUGUUGUCCGACAGCAGCAUAGACAUGGAAAAGACUGCAACUUUGUCAGCAAGAAUGAAGGGAGGAGGUGGUAUCGGCAUCACAGAGGGAGGAAGAGGAGAGGGGGAGAGUCAUACGGCCCCUAGUCGGCCUUAUCCACCGGGAAUACACCCCGGAGGAUCAGAACACGCAGUACUGACUCAACAGCAGCAGGCCAUCAUCAACCAGCAAGCUAUCAUCCUGGCCCAGCAGAUGACCAUGCAGGCCAUGGCCAUCCAGCAGCAGAUGCUGUCCUCCUUCCCUCCCGCUACCCCGGCUCCACAGUCGCCACCCUCACACCAUCACACAUACUCACCACAGCGCUCCCACACAGCCAGUCCUACUAAAGAGAGUGAGGACUUUUCAAAACCCCGCCCUUCUCAGAGAAAAACGAGUCCGACCCGUGGCCCUCCCCCUGAGGAUGUGGUCCGGUCCACUGUGAGUAACACAGAGCGCAUGGAGCCUAGCCACGACAUCAAGGACAUCGUCAAACAGCAUCAACCUGCUGGCUCAACAGCUUCUUCUGGGUAUUAGACAAGCAGGAAAGGUGAUGGGAAGGUGUUCACAAAGAAGCCAGAUCCUCAUGAUGAAGCUAUGGAGAUCCUUAAAGACCAGAUGGCAAACCCACCACAACCGACGCAAAGGAGGCCUGUAACAUCUCAGCCCAAAGACGACGGUGCAGCUAAAGUUACCAAGUCGACCAAGUCUCAUCCUGCAGGACGAGCCAGCUCCAACAUAAGCCCCGCCCCCCCUCCAGCUCCAGUUUCCAGAGAGUUGCCAGUUGAGGAGGAGAUCAUUCAGACUGAACUCCACAGCAGAACCAGUGAUGAAUACUACACCUACACCAACGUUCCCUGGAAGCUCUACAUGAGGAAAGAGGUGUUUUAUCCCAAAGAAACCUUGAAUAAUCCAUUGAUUCUGGACAUGAUCUUCAGACAGAUUGUACAUGACACCUUCUCUGAGGCCUGCAUUCGCAUCACCGUGGAGGAGAGGCAGAAGAUGAGAGCUCUUUUUGCGGAACACCAGGUAGAACAGGUUUCGGGAACACAUGACGAGAGCGUGAAGAAGAAAGUGGUCGCAGUGGCCAGAGACUCUUGGGAGAUUUACUUCUCCCGUCUUUUCCCUGCUUCAGGCAGUGUGGGCACAGGAGUGCAGGUGUUGUCUGUUUCUCAUAAAGGCAUCAAACUGCUGAAGAUGGUGAGGAGCAGCUCCACUGCCCCAGACUACUUCAGAGUGCUGAGGCUGUACAGCUAUUCGGACAUCCUGUUUGUGUCGAUUCCAUCCAAGAACAUGCUGGAGUUCAACUUGACCAAUGAGAAGCUGAUCCUGUUUUCUGCCAAAGCCCCGCAGGUCAAACACAUGAUCGACUACUUCCUCACGGAGCUCAAGAAGGACUCAGAGUAUGUGGUGGCGGUGAGAAAUUACAUCACUGAAGACAGGACUCUGCUCAGCUUCCACAAAGGAGACAUUAUUAGACUACAGCACAUGGAUGGACUGGACGUUGGCAAAUAUUACGGCUGCGUAGUAAGAAAGAAGGUCAUGCUCCUGGAAGAGCUAAAGAGAGACACUCCAGACUUUGGCUGGCGGUUCGGGGCUGUGUGUGGAAAAUCAGGAGUGUUUCCUAGAGAAUAUGUCCGUCCUGUGGCUGCUCCAGACUUUCUGGUUCUUCCUGCUGAGCGAUUGGAGCCCAGGGACAGGCAGGGACGAGUUGCCGCCUCUGCUGCUGUUGCCGUCGCCAUGGGCUCGGCCGUUGCUGCCCAUGAGUUUGACCGCUCCACAGAGGUUGUAAAUGAAAUGUAUGGGGACAGUCUGGGCACCGAACUAGAUGAUCUGCCUCUGCACAGCAGCCAGUACAGCAUGUCGGAGUUUGCCAAGAAGUACUUUAGAGAAGCACAGAGAAACCGUGAUCAAAAAGCCAAAAAGGGCAAAGAGGGCAGGGAUCCUGUGGACAUGGUCAAAUUCUCAAAGUCUCCAAUCCAAGAGUCUCUGAUUGACUUCUCCGACAGUGGGAUGAACCGAGUGGCUGCAGAUAUCUUUUUGGCUAUAAUGAAGUUCAUGGGAGACUAUCCACUGAAAGGUCAGACUGAACAGGACCUGGUCACCACGAUACUGAAGUUGAGUGCGGACCACGGCCUCAUGAAAGAUGAAGCCUACUGCCAAGUGAUGAAGCAAGUUACUGCCAACACCAGCUCCAAACCGGACAGUUGUCAGAGAGGAUGGAGGCUGCUCUACAUCCUCACAGCUUUCCAUCGCUGCUCUGAAGUCAUGAAGCCGUUCCUGAUGAAGUUUCUGCAGGACACCUGUGCCAGCCCUGGGGUCCAGUACCAAGGUAUUGCCAAGGCAUGUGAGCAGAAUCUGAGGAGGACUUUUCAAUAUGGCGGGCGUAUACAGUAUCCCAACAGCAUGGAGCUCAAAGCCAUGCUGGCUGGGCGGAGCUCCAAAAGACAGCUGUUCCUGUUGCCAGGUGGGAUUGAAAGGCACCUGAAGAUCAAGACGUGUUCGGUUGCUUUGGAUGUCAUCGAAGAACUUUGCUUUGAGAUGGAUCUGCACAGGAUGGAGGCUUUGGAUGAAUAUGCCGUCUUUUUGGUCACACACAGAGGUCAGAACGUACGACCCUUAAACAAGCGUGAAUACAUCCUGGACAUCGCAACAGAGGCAGAACCAGUCGAUGCAAACUACAGCCUGUGGUUCAGAAGAGUCAUAUGGAGUCUGGCUCUGAAGCUUGACAAUGAACUUUAUGUCACCAUGCACUAUAACCAGGUGUUGCCAGACUAUUUGAAGGCCUUGCUCAGUGUGAUUCCUCAGGGUAAAGCCAGUGAACAACAUUUGCAGCAGAUUGCUAGACUGGCUGCCCUACAGCAUCGUGCCAAGGACACCAUCUACCUGCCCACCCUCCGUGACUUGCAGGAGACUGUCCCUCAACAGUUCUCCAGUAAACAGGGUCCACAGCAGUGGCUGAAUAUGACAACGCAACACAUGCAGCAGGUCCAGCCCUUAAACCCACACCAGGCUCGUGCACAGUUUCUUGGUCUGGUCAGUGCCUUCCCCAUGUUUGGCUCCUCUUUCUUCUACAUCCAGAGUUCUAGCUCUUCCUCUGUCCAAGCCCCAUGCAUCCUGGCAGUAAAUCUGAACGGACUCCACUUCCUUAACAAGGAUACCCAUGAGGCCAUGGUGCGGUUCCCUCUCAAAGAAGUCCAGUCAACUCGCACCCAGAGACCGACUUCAGGCUCCAGUUACCCGUAUGUUGAGAUCAUGAUAGGAGACCUCCUCAACCAGCGCAUCAUGCAGCUGCAGCUGGAGCAGGGCCUGGAGCUGUGUCGAGUUAUUGCCAUGCACAUGGAGAACAUGUUGUCUGUCAGAGAGAAGAGACUCACCCUGCCACCAAGUGAAAUUACCCUGCUAUAGCACAAACAUGUACACACAGAAUAGAAUCACACAUAUUGCCUCAUAAAUACACUGUUUCUACCUCUAUUUAAAAAAGGAAGUUUUUGAUAUCUAAAAGGAACAUAUCUCUAAUAUGAUGCAUGUCAUGAUGAUGGAGCCGACAUGAAGUUAUUUACAGAUCAACUGAUAAGUGAUGACAGUUUGGUUCAUUAACGUUGUACGGUACAUCUGUUUCAGAUCCUGUCAGCCAUGACUGAGACUAUAAUGGAUAAGACGUCUUCAGUUGUCAUUCCCCUUUCAAAAUAAUAGUGUUACUUCAUUCAAUUUUUCCAUACAACAACACAGAAAUUAAAAUAACUGCCUUCUCACAUUGAACAUUAGUAUGAAUUUUUGCUGCCAAUGACUGUUUUUCAGGCGGUUUGAUGAGACAGAAAUAUGUGUGACGAAUAACAAGCAAACGUUGGCAUCAGAUUAUUGACCCUUUAACAUUAUUAAAUACUUGACCUUUGACAUGUCAUUUUUAGCCUGC